UCUCCGCGGCCGGGCUGCCGCGCCUUCCAUGGGCACCGCGCUGGCCUGCAGCCGCCGCCGGGCGGGCGCGAUGCCGCGAUGGGCUUGAUCUGGCUCCUGCUGCUCAGCCUGCUGGAGCCCGGCUGGCCCGCGGCGGGCCCCGGGGCGCGGCUGCGGCGCGAUGCGGGCGGCCGCGGCGGAGUCUACGAGCACCUCGGCGGGGCGCCCCGGCGCCGCAAGCUCUACUGCGCCACCAAGUACCACCUUCAGCUGCACCCGAGCGGCCGCGUCAACGGCAGCCUGGAGAACAGCGCCUACAGCAUCCUGGAGAUUACCGCGGUGGAGGUGGGCGUCGUCGCCAUCAAAGGGCUUUUCUCUGGGCGGUACCUGGCCAUGAACAAGAGGGGACGGCUCUAUGCUUCGGAGCAUUACAGCGCCGAGUGCGAGUUCGUGGAGCGGAUCCAGGAGCUGGGCUACAGCACCUACUCCUCCCGGCUGUACCGCUCGGUGCCCGGGGGCCCGGGGACGCGGCGGCCGCCCAGCGCCGAGAGACUGUGGUACGUGUCCGUGAACGGCAAGGGCCGGCCCCGCCGGGGCUUCAAGACCCGCCGCACGCAGAAGUCCUCCCUGUUCCUGCCCCGCGUGCUGGACCCCAAGGACCACGAGAUGGUGCGGCGGCUGCAGAGCGGCCACUCCAGGCCCCUGAGCAAGGGUGGCCAGCCCCGGCGACGGCGGCGGCAGAAGAGCCCGGGAGGCCGCGGGGGAGCCGAGCCCUCGCACAUCUGGGCUCCGAGCUGA